GUUCAUAUCAUCACUGUACUGUUUGAGAGAGAGAGAAAGAGAGAGAGAGAGAGAAAACGAUAGAGAUAGAGGAGGAGAGAGAGAGAGAGAGAGAGAGAGAGAGAGCAGCGGCAGGAAGGGAGAGGGGGAUUGGAACAUUAAUCUUGGUGCAGAUACGGGCACAUUGGAGGUGCCGAAACCAUAGUUGUACAUUCCUUUUUGGAAACCACUAUCUGCUUGCUUUUAUUGGGUCUCCGAUCCGAUGGAACCAGUUACGGAAGGAGGUGAUGAGGACCAACGACCACAACUUUCACCAUCAUUACAAUCGGGAGGAGGAGAGAGUACCACAGUGCAAGAUGCAGCAGCAGCAGCAAUUACCGUUAGGGCUGCUGCUAUUCCAAAAGAAACAGCAAGUCCCAGUUUCAUGGGGAAACAUCGAAUGGUAGCUGCAGUUGCCCAACUUCAUCAGCAAAUCCAAAUCAUUCAGGAAGAGCUGGAGGAGCUUGAAACAUUGGGGGAAUCAUCUAUUGUUUGCAAAGAACUUGUGUCAGCAGUUGAGUCCGUCCCCGAUGCUCUGCUUCCUGUGACAAAAGGUCCAGCAGUGGUUGGUUGGGACCGGUGGUUCCAAGGUGCCCAUGGCUCACGUGGUCGCAAACGGUGGAUAUGAAGCUUCCGAACUUCAAGAAAUGCUUCUGUUGGAUUUAACAAUUUUUUCAGGGUAUUAUAUUGAAAACAAUUACUAGCGUAAUGUCUAUUCCAAUUUGAUUUUGAUUAUUUGUGGAACCACUACUAACUAGUAUCAAAAGACCUUCGAUUGUGUCAACCAAAAGCAGAGCUCGAACAGCUUGGUAUGUCAUUGGCAAGUGCAAGCCAAUGCAAAAAUUGUACUGAGAAUUUCUAAUAUAUGCUUGGUAUAGUAACCAACCGAUUUUAGAUGAA